GCGGCAGAGCAGCAGCAGAAGCGGCACCAUGGCGCAAGCCGCCAAGCAGCUCCGUAAGAACAAGGACAUAGCCGAGGCGGCGGCGGCGGAGCUGCGUGAGAAGGAGGAGGAGAAGACCAAGAAGAGGAAUAAAUCCCGAGACCGCAGGCGCAAGGCAGAUGCAGCAACCAGCUUUCUCCGCGCCGCUCGUUCUGGGAACCUGGACAAGGCACUGGACCACAUCAAGAACCGGAUCGACAUCAACAUAUCCAAUCAAAAUGGACUCAACGGGUUACAUCUGGCCUCUAAAGAAGGUCACGUCAAAAUGGUGUUGGAGUUACUACACAAUGGCAUUGUGUUGGAGACCACCACUAAGAAAGGGAAUACGGCCCUCCACAUAGCAGCCCUGGCGGGACAGGAGAGGGUGGUGGCGGAGUUGGUGAACUACGGGGCCAACGUCAACUCCCAGUCGCAGAAAGGCUUCAGCCCUCUUUAUAUGGCCGCCCAAGAGAAUCACUUAGAGGUCGUCAAGUUCCUGCUCGAGAAUGGCGCCAAUCAGAGCCUCCCCACAGAGGAUGGCUUCACCCCCCUAGCGGUGGCGCUGCAGCAGGGCCAUGAGAACGUGGUGGCCCUGCUCAUCAACUACGGCACCAAGGGCAAGGUGCGGCUGCCCGCGCUGCACAUCGCCGCGCGCAACGAUGACACGCGCACCGCCGCCGUGCUGCUGCAGAACGACCCCAACCCCGACGUGCUCAGCAAGACUGGGUUCACGCCUCUCCACAUCGCUGCCCACUACGAGAACCUGAGCGUUGCCCAGCUACUGCUGAACAGAGGAGCCAACGUCAACUUCAUCCCCAAGAACGGCAUCACCCCGCUGCACAUCGCCUCCAGGAGGGGCAACGUCAUCAUGGUGCGACUGCUGCUGGACAGGGGGGCCCAGAUAGACGCCAAGACCAAGGAUGAGCUCACUCCUCUGCACUGUGCGGCCAGGAACGGUCACGUGCGCAUCAUCGAGAUCCUUCUGGACCAGGGUGCCCCCAUCCAGGCCAAAACCAAGAACGGCCUGUCCCCCAUCCACAUGGCGGCCCAGGGCGAUCACAUGGACUGCGUGAGGCAGCUGCUGCAGUACAACGCUGAGAUCGAUGACAUCACCCUGGACCACCUGACGCCACUGCAUGUGGCCGCCCACUGCGGUCACCACCGCAUGGGCAAAGUGCUGCUGGACAAGGGGGCCAAGGCCAACGCCCGCGCACUGAAUGGCUUCACUCCCCUCCACAUCGCCUGCAAGAAGAACCACAUGCGCUCCAUGGACCUGCUGCUCAAACACUCUGCCUCUCUGGAGGCUGUCACUGAGUCUGGUCUCACUCCUCUCCAUGUGGCUGCCUUCAUGGGCCACCUGAGCAUCGUGAAGAACCUGCUGCUGAGAGGAGCCUCCCCCAAUGCCUCCAACGUGAAAGUGGAGACUCCUCUCCACAUGGCGUCCAGAGCUGGCCACUGUGAAGUGGCCGCGUUCCUGCUCCAGAACACUGCCCAGGUGGACGCCAAGGCCAAGGACGACCAGACCCCCCUGCACUGUGCGGCCCGCAUGGGCCACAAAGAACUGGUGAAGCUGCUGCUGGAGAACAAGGCCAACCCGGACUCCACCACAACCGCCGGCCACACCCCCUUGCACAUCGCCGCCCGCGAGGGACACGCCCACACCAUCCGCAUCCUGCUGGAUGGCUCCGCCGAGCAGACCAAGAUGACCAAGAAGGGCUUCACCCCCCUCCAUGUGGCGUCCAAAUAUGGAAAGGUGGAUGUAGCAGAGCUCCUGCUGGAGCGAGGUGCCAAUCCCAACGCAGCUGGAAAGAACGGCCUGGCCCCCCUACAUGUGGCCGUCCAUCAUAACAACCUGGAUGUUGUUAAACUGCUGGUCAGCAAGGGAGGAUCAGCACACAGCACCGCACGGAACGGCUACACGCCCCUGCAUAUCGCGGCCAAGCAGAACCAGGUGGAGGUGGCCAGCUGCCUGCUGCAGAGCGGGGCGUCGGCCAACGCAGAGUCGCUGCAGGGGGUCACGCCGCUGCACCUGGCCGCCCAGGAGGGCCGGCCGGACAUGGCCGCGCUGCUCAUCUCCAAGCAGGCCAACGUCAACCUGGGGAACAAGAACGGUCUCACUCCUCUUCACCUGGUGGCCCAGGAGGGUCAUGUGGGCAUCGCCGACACGCUGGUGAAGCAGGGCGCCUCCGUCUACGCCGCCUCAAGGAUGGGCUACACUCCCCUCCAUGUUGCCUGUCAUUAUGGCAACAUCAAGAUGGUGAAGUUUCUGCUGCUGCAGCAGGCACAUGUCAAUAGCAAGACACGGGUGGGCUACACCCCCCUGCACCAGGCCGCCCAGCAGGGUCACACAGACAUCGUCAGCUUGCUCCUGAAACACGGGGCCCCCCCCAACGAGAUCACCACGAACGGGACGUCCCCCCUGGGCAUCGCCAAGCGCCUGGGAUACAUCUCUGUUAUCGACGUGCUCAAAUUGGUCACCGAGGAGUCUGUUUCUGCGAUCACGACUGAGAAGCAUCGAAUGAGUUUCCCUGAGACUGUGGAUGAGAUUUUGGAUGUUUCAGAGGACGAAGGCGAUGAGCUACUGGGCAUGGAUGGGGGUCGCUACCUGAAGCUGGACGACUUCAAGGACCAGGACGACGACUUCCUUUCCCCCAAGAGGACCAUGCGGGACUUCGAGAGCGGAAUGGGAACCACGCCCUACUCCCCAGCCAUUCCCCGGAUCCCGUGUGUGUCUCCAGAGACGGUGCUGUUAGACCAGCACACGCCCCUCCCCCUCCCCAAGGAGUACGACGACGACUCCCUGAUCCCCAGCAGCCCCGCCACGGAGACCUCCGACAACGUCAGCCCGGUGGCCAGCCCCAUCCACACUGGCUUCCUGGUGAGCUUCAUGGUGGACGCGCGCGGCGGCUCCAUGCGCGGCAGCCGCCACCACGGCCUGCGCGUCAUCAUCCCGCCGCGCACCUGCGCCGCACCCACGCGCAUCACCUGCCGCCUGGUGAAGCCCCAGAAGCUGAGCACGCCCCCCCCCCUGGUGGAGGGCGAGGGGCUGGCCAGCCGCAUCAUCUCCCUGGGGCCCUCCAGCAUGCAGUUCCUGGGGCCGGUCAUCGUGGAGAUCCCCCACUUCGCGGCGCUGGGCCGCGGCGACCGCGAGCUGGUGGUGCUGCGCAGCGAGAACGGCUCCGUCUGGAAAGAGCACCGCAACCGCUACGGCGACGAGGUGCUGGAAACCAUCCUGAACGGCAUGGAUGAAGAUCUGGAGAGCUUGGACGAGCUGGAGAAGAAGAGGAUCCGUCGCAUCAUCUCCACCGACUUCCCGCUCUACUUUGCGGUGGUGUCCCGUGUCCAGCAGGAGAGCGACCUGAUCGGCCCGGAGGGCGGCCGGCUCACCAGUAAGCUGGUCCCCCACGUGGAGGCCAUCUUCCCCGAGACGGCCGUCACCAAGAGGGUCCGCCUGGGCCUGCAGGCCCAGCCGAUCCCCGACGAGAUGCUGACACGGCAGCUGGGCAACCAGGCCACCUUCAGCCCCGUGGUCACCGUGGAGCCGCGCCGCCGCAAGUUCCACCGGCCCAUCGGGCUGCGCAUCCCGCUGCCGCCCUCCUGGAAGGACCUCCGGGGGGACGCCGGCGAGGGGGACACGGCCAGCCUGCGGCUCCUCUGCAGCGUCAUCGGGGGGACAGCGCCAGCUCAGUGGGAAGACAUCACAGGGACCACCAAGCUGAUGUACGCCCACAACUGCGCCAACUUCACCACCAAUGUUUCAGCGAGGUUCUGGCUGGCCGACUGCCCGCGCACGGCCGAGGCGGUGACCUUCGCCAACCUGCUGUACCGCGAGCUGAUGUCGGUGCCCUACAUGGCCAAGUUCGUGGUGUUCGCCAAGAUGAACGAGGCGCGCGAGGGGCGCCUGCGCUGCUACUGCAUGACCGACGACAAGAUGGACAAGACCCUGGAGCUGCACGAGAACUUCAGCGAGGUCGCACGCAGCCGCGACAUAGAGGUGAUGGAGGGAAUGCCUCUGCACCUGGAGUGCUCCGGGAACCUGGUCCCGGUGAGGAAGGCCACCCAGCAGCCGCGUAGCUUCAGCUUCCAGGCCUUCAGAGACAACCGGCUCCCUGUCCCAGUCAAGGUCAGAGACAUGAACAAGGAUGCCACAGGGUUUCUGUCAUUCCUGCGGAAGUCUACCAAGUACGAGGAAACACAACACGUGUUGUGUAACCUCAACAUCACCAUGCCUCCCUGUGUCAAGGCCGCCGGGAGUGAGGAGCGCAGGCGAACUCUGACCCCGCUCGCCCUGAGGGAGCGCUACAGUGCCCUGAACGAACCUGCCGUGGCCUCAGUCAACGUCAUAGAGAGGACAGAGCUCAAGAUCAACCUUAUAUCAGAGCAGCUGGGCUUGAGUUGGGCAGAGCUGGCCCGGGAGCUGCUGUUCAGCGUGGACGAGAUCAACCGGAUCCGCGUGGACCAUCCCAACUCUCUGCAGGACCAGAGCUCGGCCCUGCUCAGCCUGUGGGUCAACCGGGAGGGCAAGAGAGCCAAGAUGGAGAGUCUGUACGGAGCUCUGAGGAUCAUCGAGAGGGGGGAUAUCGUCAGCUCCCUGGAGAGCCAGGCCCAAACGCUGGCCCCCAGAGCCCCGGAGCACGGGGCCGGUCGGCUGGUGGAACACGACUCCUCCCUGCUCUCACCCAGUGUUAAUGGCUACGGGCUGCUGCAAGAGGAGCUGCUCCUCUCCCCGGCCUCCAUGCAGUACAGCCUGCCCUCGCCGCUGGGCUCGGAGCCCUACUGGAGGGAGGUGUCGGGCCUGGAGUGCGCCCCCAUCGCCACCACCGAGGAGGACACGCUGCUGGAGAUGUCGGACGUGCAGGUGUGGCCGGCGGGGGUCAGCCCCUCGCUGGUGACGGUGGAGGACUCGUCCCUGGACGGCAGCCGGGCCGACGACUCGGAGGGCGCCACGCUCUCCCUCCCCUACAGCCUGGGCCGGCCCAGCAGCGGGCUGAGCGGCGCCAGCGGCUCCAUCAUGGAGCUAGAGGAGGAGGAGGAGGAGGAGGAGGAGGAAGGGGAGGUGGAGGAGGAGGAGGAGGAGGUGGAGGCGGCGGCGUCGCUGGGGCCCGCCGCUGUGCUGGCGGAGCGGGACAGGGUGAGGGCCAGCGGGGCCGUGCCCAAGGUCAACCUCAACGGCCAGCUGGGAGGUCAGAGGUCGGCGGGAGAAGGAGGAGGAGGAGGAGGAGGAGCGAGAGGAGGAGGAGGAGGAGGUGUAGGGCUGGGUUCAGUGGAAGGCUUCUCUGUUGUUACAGGCCAGCAGGUGUACGCCCAGCUGUGUCAGAUCUCCGGGCUGAGCGGGGCGUCGGACCACAACGGUGACAGAGUGGUGGGCGGCGGGGCCUUCCAGCCCUACCUCCCCGACCGGGACUCUGGCGGGGUGGGGGUGCCCGGGUGGGCGGCCUCCAGGGUCCGGAUGCCGUCGGCGUCGCUUGGCUUCCGCGGCGUCGAGGGCGGGCCGGGCCUGCGCGUGGCCCAGGAGGCCCUCCAGACCGUGAGGGACGAGAAACAGGACAGCCCCGAUGAGCAGUUUGUUGAUGAACACGGGAAGGUACACGCUAGAAAGGAACAGACAUCUACUGCCAAGCCAUCCUCCACAAAAACUCAACCCGAACACAGAGGGAAAAAAGGAAGAAAAUGAGGGCAACCAAACAAUUUGAAAAGAGAAAGUAGAAGGGGCAAAGACUCAAGAAGUGCAAACUACAAUAUUGCAAUCACAAACCCCAUCCUCCAAAUGACCAUGGGACUCCACAAACGAAAAAACAAAAGAGGAAUCCAACUUGUAGUUUUGUAAAAUUUUUAAAGAAAAAAAAAGAUAUAUAUAUACUAGACUAGGGCAUGACGACUUUUCUACAAAAAUCAAUAUGUGUCAGAAAAAAAACUCAUGAGAAAAAAAAAAAAGCAACAAAAAGUGCUUCCUGUCAACUGUAAUCGCAUGAUGACUGCUGGUGCAUGCCCUUUGACCUUUGAACUGUCAUGACCUACGACCGGAGGGGGGUGGAAGACGUGGCCCAGGAUCUGAUGGACCUUUUUUCUUCCCUUGUGUGGUGUGGUUCGUGACAGCGAGUCCAGUCUGAAAACACUGCAGCCCAAAAAAAAAUCAAGUCUUUCCCCCUCCCCUGUCGGUGGAUUGUUCUAUAUACAGCUGAGCCUACGCCAAGCCUACCCAUGCUUCCUCCAUCACCGCCCUUCCAACCCUUCACUCCUCAAUGUGAUAUAUGCACUCUAUGCUACCGUGGACGUGUGUGUCAGUAUGUGUGUGUGUAUGUACGCGUGUGUCGUUCUCUUAAGCAUGUGUACCUCGCUUUUCAGCUGGGCGCUGACUGAGCCAUGCCCUCCCCAAACACUACCCCCCCCCCGCUCCCCCUGACCCGGAACCAUCUCCCUCAUGAUUGGUCUACACCCGGUGUGAUGUCACGGGAUGCUAAGCGCUGGAAUGAUAAAAAGCCGCUAUGCUGCCCUCUGCUGGUUAGUGUUGCUGUGUGUGUGUGUGCGUGUGUGUGCUGGUGUCUUCUCUGUGUGAGCGAGCUCGCUUCCUGUAGCGUUUCCUUUCGUCCUUGGUUUGUGUUCGGGGACCUGUCCACGUUGGUUCGGAGGCUGGGUUCGACCUGCGAUUUGGGGGGAUCUGAGUGUGUCCUCGUCCCUCGAUCCACCCCCUCCUCCCCCUCGAGCGAUGGGGACACGGUCUUCAGACCCUGGAACAUUCUCCUGAGCUCAAGGAACGAGCCGCCUACGGCAUUGUACAGACUCCUGGGGACUCUUUGACCCAACUCUCCGAACUAUUUAUCUUUUCGUUUUCAUUUGAUUUCAUUUUUUUUGCCUCCUAAGAAGGCAGUGGGGGGGGGGGGGGGGAGUCGGGUUGUGACCUAUUGACCUGAUGACCUCAUCCCAAGCUC